AUGUACGCCGAGCGCCUACGCGCUGGCUCUCCCGUCUGUCUUUAUGCAGUUGUCUGAGUAUCUCGCUGCUGAGGUUUGGUUUCGGAGGAACGUCUCUUUCAAUCUUUGCUAUGUCUUUCGGAAUGUGUGAUCUGAUCCGCUGGCCGUUUGGUUUUUCCCUCGCUGAGCAGGCGCUAGAGCUUGCCGGCACUGCGGCAAGGGGCCGCAUGAAGAAUGGGAUCGUGCAGAGGCAUGUUCCGUUGGAUGUGAGAAAUGAUGAGGUGCGAAGCGAGGUGCCGGGGAAGGUGAACAUUGCUAAUGGAGGCGUGCCGCCGAUAGGGGGGACGCUACUGCCGAAGGAGUAG